AUGGCCCCUCAGCGAUAUGAACCGGUAAGGGCUGCCUGGAUGACGAAUCCACAUCAACAACAACAUGGAUCAUCACUAACGGCGAUCAAGGUGAAUUCUCACGACGAUGAUAUCGAUUCUCCUCUUUCUCCCGACUCUCCUCGACACUCUCCAUCCUCUCCACCUCCAUCUUUCCAUUCGAGAGCAUCCUCACCGACAACCCGGCGCCUAUUGAACCAGGAUCCUUUAUCGCACGAAGCCAAUCAAGAUCUGGAAGAUACUUUCGAUGAUGGCGAGGCAUCAGAUGCAGAAAAUGAUGGCGACGAUAGACAGCGGCUGAUGCGGGCUGAUUCGACGCUUGCAAGUCGAGAUGCGACGACGCCGUCUGCUCCGCCUGCUGAUGCUCGGCCAAAUCCUACGAUAGAGCGUAGGGUGACUGAGCUCCCGGCUUUCAGACCUAUGCCUACGUCAAACAGACCAACCGAUGGUGUAUUCGCAAAUCUCUCAGCAAAACCCGAAAGGGGCGAACCCCUUGAAGACAAACCUCCUACAUACGAGCAGGCCGCCGCAGAUGCAACACCCCCCUACUGGGAAACCACCAUUCUUGCACCGGGCAUGUCGUCCGACGAGGUCUAUGUCGACGGACUUCCUGUCGGCUCAGUUUUCUCCUUUGUAUGGAAUGGCAUGAUCUCCAUGUCAUUCCAACUUGUCGGAUUCCUUCUUACUUAUCUGCUUCACACCACUCACGCAGCAAAACAUGGCAGUCGAGCUGGCUUGGGACUGACCUUGGUUCAGUAUGGCUUCUACAUGACUGGUUCAUCCAGCGAUGGGAACCAAGGCACAGCCAACCCAGGACAGUUUUCUGACUCUUCGCCCCCUGAUCCGAACAGUCAUAAUUUCGAUCCCAACAAUGUUGACGGCUCAGGUCAAAGUACGGGAGGACAUGGACUCGGGGGUUUCACGAGCGCUGAUUGGAUAUCUUAUGUUUUGAUGAUUGUUGGGUGGUUUAUUCUUAUUCGCGCAGUUUCCGACUUUCUGCGCGCAAGGCGGCAUGAGCAAUUGGUUUUGCAAAGUCCAAGCCGCGGUCUCCCUGUACCUGUCGUUGCUGAAGGGGAAACACCAGAGCAGGCUGCAUAA